GAUCUCCAGAUUUUAGUUUACGUGCAGUCUGCAUUAAUUUUUCUCGAGAGUCUCUACGACUCAGAAUUGAACUGUCCACAUCCAGCGUCAUCACUUUUUUUGUUUAUUUGUUUGUUUGUUUUGUUUUGUUUCCUCCCUUUGUUUUAUACCAUUUGUUAAACAGUGUACAACACGUAUUUUUGUAUUAUUUUUAUUUCUGUAAAUACACCGGAAUGGAACUUAAUUCUCUUCUACUUCUUCUUGAGGCAGCAGAGUAUUUGGAAAGAAGAGACAGAGAAGCUGAACACGGUUACGCAUCUGUUUUGCCGUACGAUAGUGACUUUUCCAGAAAGAAAACUAAAUCCUCUCCUAUUUCAAGAAAAAGCCACAACAAUAGGUCAUCACACAAUGAGCUGGAAAAACACAGACGUGCCAAACUGCGAUUGUACCUGGAGCAGUUGAAACAGCUCGUGCCUUUGGGUCCUGAUAGCACCCGUCACACCACACUGAGCCUGCUCAAACGCGCCAAAAUGCACAUCAAGAAGCUGGAGGAACAGGACAGAAAGGCUCUAAACAUGAAGGAGCAACUGCAGAGAGAACAUCGCUACCUCAAACGGCGCCUGGAGCAGCUCUCUGUACAGGGCUUAGAGCGCAUUCGCACUGACAGCAUGGGCUCCACCAUCUCCACUGACUCUGAGCAAGAAGUGGACGUUGACAUAGAGGGCAUGGAGUUCACACCAGGUGAGGGUGAUAGCGUGGACAGUGUUAGCGAUGGUGAGGACCACUACAGCCUGCAGAGCAGCUCCAGCGAUGGAGGCCACCAUUCACAUUCCCACAGAUUACAGGCUCACAUCUGCUAGGCCGUGUCAGACCGCAACAGUGUGUCACCUCCGACAUACCCAUCAGCCACUCCCAGCUGGCAGGAAACACCCGGCUGAUUUCCACUCCUCAGAAAACUCUCUUCCCUCUCAACCCUUGCAACGCUUUAUAUCAAACCCUCCCUAACCCCACAAAUACACACAGAGAAGCAAUAUGUGGUUUUAGUAAGAACAUGUGGUGUGGUAAUGCAGUUUUAACUUGUCUGUUCUGCUGUGUAUGUAUGAGAAGCUGUGGCUCUGUUCCAAAACCUAGUAACUGCCUAGCUGUCUAUUGCCUACAUAAACGCAGUAUCCUAACUGAAAAGGAAAAAAAAAACAAAAAAACUCCACAUAGGCUUGGUUAUGUGUAUGUCACAAGGCAGCAUGGUUUUCCUGUGUACUUUUUGGCUGCAUUUACACUUGCACAAAAUCCGAUUUUUUUUUUACUUUUUAUUUUUUUUUUUACAUAGAUCAGAUAUUGUUGCACAAAAAUCCGCAUGUAGUUUUAAAGUAGAUAUAUAUUCGAUAUCUGGAAAUCUGACCUAUGUCUAAACCUGUAAAUUCCAAGCCACCACUGGUGAGGGCGACACAUUUACCCACAAUAUAACUAUUCUUAAUGUUAUAUUAUGACGCACACAUGCCUGUACGCACUUGCACAAAUCACUUUAGAUUAGGAAACUUUAUAUUAGUAGAUUAUGCACACACCGCAACAUUCAGGAGCAUAGAAACAUGCUCAAUGAAUUUUAUGAAUAGAAUAGAUUCUCUACUGAAUGCUAGAUUUUAUUUUUCAGCGACAAAGUGAUAACGUCACUGAUUUUGAAGUACUUAAACUCAUAGAUUCAUGAUAUAAAGACACUGCACAGAUGCAGGUAAUUACCACGCAUCUCUUAAAUUCAUUCAAGUGAAUGUAAUCUCACAGCGCUAUUUUUUUUUCACUUCAGAAUUCUAGAUCUAAUGGAAACUUUGACUAAUUUAUCAGUCACAUUUUGUGUUUCAAACAUCAAUGACAGUUAAAUUUUAUAUACGGACAUCCAAAACCAGAAGGUCAACUGUGUUGCUGAAAGUGAUCACCAAAGGAAUUGUUCUAGUUUGGAUGAGAAUUAAUUUAGACGCACAUAUCAUAUACGAGUUGUGUCUUAUAUGAAUAUAAACAGAUGGGACAAAAAAUCAGAUAUGAUCAAAAGAUCAGAUCUGUGCAUUUAUGUAAACGCAGUCUAUGGCUAUUCCAAAAUUGGGGCGCAAGUCUAUAAUACCCAAAAUGCUAUCUAGGCAGGCAGGUCACUAGGUCUGUGAAUAGAGCUUGCUUGUGUGUCAGUUCAUUUUGCGUAAUGGGUUUAAACAGGAUUCUUGUGUGGUUCUUGAAAGUGCAAAUCAUAGCAUUAGGGACACUAAUAAACUCCCUAAUAAACUAAUGGAAAGGGAGCAAAAGGACAAAACUUCAGGGCACUUCUAGGAAUGAAUGAAUUCUAUUUCAGUAUUCACCCCACGCAGUUAAAGUGACCAUGAAGAUUCAUUAAUUGGCUACUUUUUUGUGAAAGAAAAGAGAAUAUUAAUAUCUAAUGGUUGAUUCAUAACAAAGCAAUGGUGCUGUGCAAAUACAUCAGUGUAGAAGUCUUUAUGUAACACUUUCAGUAGUAAAUGUUGUAGCAAUAAACUUGCAAAAGCUAUGGCUUUCUUAUGCAGUGAACUGAUUCUGGACCAAGCCUGAGAGAUUUGAGAAGAUGAGUAGCUCUGUUUUGUUUAUAUUGUGUGUGUGUGUGUGUGUGUGUAUGGCAGCACUCAAACUGACAAGUCACAACUGUAUGACCGUACCUUGUGAAGGUGUACAGGGGGCGGGGAGCUCUUUGUUGUUGAGGUGUUGGUACUGUCAGAAUAUUAUAUUAAUGUUUUUAGUUCAUUGUCUUUCCCCGUAACUUACUUGCAAUAAUUUUUGAAGCCUUUAUUCUUCAGCGGUAUAUAUGCAGUGCAGCGUGCAAUAUUCAGUAUAUGAAACAAAGUUCUUUGUGCUGGGGAUUCCAACUCGUCACAGACAGUCCCAGUCUUCAAAGCAGGUUAGACCAAAAUAAUUCACAAAAAGAAACAAGAAAAAAAUUAACAAAACAAAUGUAUAUUUGAAAAAAAAAGAAGCCAAAAAAAUUAUUGGUCACUGAAAGUGAUAUUAUAUUUUCUGUAGUUGCUUUUGUAUUAUAUUUUCCUAAAUAGUCCUUGAUGAAAAUGACAGAAAAUGAGGCCUGGCUAAUUUUGUUUGGGCGAACUCUGGCAUUUGUCCCUAACUGUCAUGCUGUGCCUUGACUUGUCGUAUCCCUGUUCUUUUCCCAAUCUCUUUCAUACAUCCCUCCAACCCUGCUCAAAACCACAACCUGCCAGCCACCCCACAGCUUCCAUCCUCAGAAUAGACUCUUCCUUGUCCUUUUGAUGAGAAAUUUGGGUUAGUCACCUCUGACCUCCAUCUUUUCUUUUUUUUUUUUUUUUAAUUCGUCAAAAACGUGCUUUCAUUCUGCCAUGCAACAUCAUCCACUCCGACACUGGUCAUCUUCUCUUGUGGCAGCUCGUCUCACCCCAUUGAAAAGCGUUAUCUAACCACCUCUUUUCAUAGUUUUUACUUUUUAAGUUUCAUAAUAGCUGUCUUGUUAUAGUUUUGUAUUUCAAACAAUGAAGUGGAAGACCUUGGGAGUAGAGCAUUGGAAUCAAUCAUUAAUGGCAGCUCGAGUCUUCCCCACACUCUCCCAAUGGUAGUUCCUGUUUAGUGUUAAAGUGUGCUCAAGGCGAUCAUAGUAUUUGAUCCUCUGCCCGUAAGAGAAAAGAUACAGCAAUAUGAUUCUUUUGUUCGUAAAGGGGUGGGGUGUAUUAGAAAGCAGCACUGUUUCAAUAUUAUGGUGCAUAUUGUGACCAACACAUUGAGUUUUUUUUUUUUCUCUCCAUUUUCUGCAAACACUGAAAGGAGAAGGGAAGCCAGUUUUCUGCCAUGGAAUAAUAAAUAAUAAUAAUAAUUAAACAAAUGGAAAACAAUAAUAAAAAUAAAAUAAAAGGUAAUCGUGACUUUUUUUUUAUCUCGAAGUUCGGACUUUGUUUCUCUGUAGAUAUAAACUCAGAAUUCUGACUUUCACACAGUUGUCAGUGUAAACUGAAUUUUGGGUUUUUUCCCCUGGCUAGAGAAUAAAAAAUAAAAGUUUAUAUCUCACAAUUAUGACAUUUCUUCAUGGAGUUUUAUAUAUUACUUUAUAAUAUAUUAAAAUGAGAUAUAAUCUCAGAAUUGCAAUAUCAUUUUUAUUUUUUUUAUUUCGUGGCAGAAACGGGCUUCCAGAGGAGGGAGAAAAUGGUUUAUUUUAUUAUUAUUAUUGUUUUGUUUAGUUUUGUUUUAUAUCUUUUUUAAAGCUAAAUUUUUAAGAAGAGUUUACAUUUAUGUCAUGGAUAUGCCUGACUGUUGUAGCAAAACUAUUCUCUUUGAGUGUGUUUCAGUAUGUUGAUCAAGUGACUUGAUAAAUCAAAAAACCUCUCGCACAGAACCUCCCAUUAACAUGCUUUGAUUGAAAGUUCAGAGAAUUAGGCAUGAGAUUUUAUAACAUCUCUAAGAGAUUGUAGCUUUCAUUGGCAUUAUCUAAGAAAUACUUUGUGACAGAGACAGGGCUAUUCAGUGGCUGCAGGCUUUUCUUUCUUGUUUUUUGUUUUUUGGGAAAGCUUUAAAACACUAAAAUGAGGGUAUGUCAGCAGACAGACACAGAUAUAAUUAUGUGGAAAGUGCCAGGUGUCCAAGGAUUUUAAAUGUGUGUUCCAUCACUCAGAGGAGAGAAAAAGAAAAAGAAAAAAAACAGACCAGACCAGGAAGAAACAAGUGAUACUUUGUGUUUUUCUGCAGAGCAUGUAUGAUUGAGAAUACUUAAAGUCAGUGCAGCAGGGAAGCUAGAUGGGAUAAAGACAGGCAGUGAAGGCUACUAAAAAAGACCAGAGUGACCAAGAAAAAUAUAUAGCUAUAUAAAAAUUCCUUUUACCUUUUGUUAUUCAUAUAAAAGCACUAGAAGAGAGAAAGAAAAGAUUCCUGCCGUAUAGAUUCUUUUAGAUAUAGACUUUUAUUUUUCUAACCCCUCCCAAUUUUGGGAGGCAUCAGGUGUAAUAUCAGAUUUCUAUCUUUAUAUGACUAUAGAUUUGUGACCCAUAUUUUCUGCUCACUUUUCCUCUCCCCUGCUUUUAUUUGUUUUGUGUUUAUGGAGCAGUUUGUUGACAGGUAGCUCACCGAACGCUUGCGUUUUAGCAUGAGGAAAACCGUUGAGGAAAAGCGGAGACUGCGAAAGGGAGGGUUCUGUGCCAGAGACCUGUGAACAGAUUUCCUUUUAGAAAACAAUAUGCAUUCAGAUGUUGUAUUAUAUUGUAAAGGUGUUAUUUUUUCUUUGUGUGUGUGUCUGUGUGUACGUACACAUAUUUACCUGGUGCUGGCUUUGUUUGAGCCCACACUCGAAGGUAUUAUGUAUUCUUGUAUUGUAAUAUAAAUAAUUAAAAUGUUUUAUACA